AUAUCUGAUAUGAUAUGAUAUAUAUUUCCCUUAUCAUUUUAUUUGCCUGCCUUAUACUAGAACUUUUCAUCCAAUAAUAAUAAUUUGAUUAAGUUUAGAAAAAGAUGAUAUUUGGAAAGAAAAAGAAAAUCUCUAUGAUUCCAGCCAGUGAAGUUAACUUGACUCAAGUCAACUAUGAUUUACAAAAACUCCAAGCUCCACGUUUGAGUGGAAUAUGGCUCAAGAUGUUUGCUUAUUUGAUCGAAUUCCCUUUUAUCGGUUCAUGCAUCAUUAGUCACUUGAAAAAUCAGAACAAAAUGGAUGAGAUGCUAAGGAAUAGUGUGAUACCUGAGCCACCAAUGUUUAAACCUGAGUUUCGUCCUCAAGAACAAGAAGCUGGAGUGGUUUGUCUUGAAGAAGAAGCAAAACCUGCAGAUCGAGUUGAAUCGGCUAUGAGGUGUCUUCCACGUUUUGAUCCUGCAAGCAGUUGGAAUUCUGAAUCAACUUCUUUCCGUUACUGGAAGAUACGUGAUUAUGCAUAUGCUUACUGGUCGGGGCAUACCACACCUUCAAUAGUUGCUGAACAUGUCAUCUCAGCAGUGGAAGAAUGUAAGAAUAUGGUACCCCAAAUUCCUUUAAUGAUUUCAUUCGAUGCCGAGGAAAUAAGAAAGCAAGCUGCGGCAUCUACCCAAAGGUUUAAGGAAGGUAAUCCUUUGUCGAAUUUGGAUGGCAUAUUCAUGGCAGUAAAGGAUGAUAUAGAUUGCUAUCCAUAUCCAUCUAAAGGUGGAACAACAUGGUUGCAUGACACACGCCCUGUUAAGCAGGACGGAGUUGCAGUAUCUAGGUUAAGAAGCUGUGGUGUGAUCUUUAUCGGGAAGGCCACUAUGCAUGAGUUGGGCAUGGGAGAUACAGGACUGAAUCCACAUCAUGGUACACCAAGAAAUCCACAUGACCCACUAAGGUAUACAGGUGGAUCUUCAUCAGGAUCUGCAGCUAUUGUAGCUGCUGGAAUAUGUCCUGCUGCACUUGGAUCAGAUGGCGGAGGUUCAAUUCGAAUUCCUGCAUCCCUUUGUGGUAUUGUCGGAUUGAAGACAACUUAUGGUAGAACCGAUAUGACAGGAUGUGUAUGUGGUUUCGGGACAGUAGAGGCUAUUGGACCAAUGGCGUCAAGUGUUGAUGAUGUCAUGCUGGUGCAUGCAGCAAUGUUGGGAUCCUCUCCUGCUGAGAAAAUCAGCUUAAGACCGCCCAUCCCUUGCUUGCCAAAUUUAUCUUCAAAUGAGAGUUCAAUUGCUAGCUUCCGAAUGCGAUUAGGGAAAUACACAGAGUGGUUCAAUGACGUAAACUCACCUGACGUAUCUGGUGUGUGUGGAAAUGUUCUUACAUCAUUAUCAGAGAUGCAUGGCUGUGAAAUAGUCGAGAUUACUAUACCAGAGCUUCAACAGAUGCGCUUGGUCAAUGUCGUUUCGUAUGGUUCUGAAUCACUAUGCUCUUUAGUCCCCGAAUGCCAAAAGGGGGAAUUUCAAAAACUUGCACUGGAUAGUCGUAUAAAUAUGACAAUUUUUAAGUCAUUCACAGCCUCAGAUUAUGUUGCUGCCCAACGUCUAAGGCGGAGAUUAAUGUAUUUUCACAUGGAAAUCUUCAAGAAAGUUGACAUCAUUGUGACUCCGACAACUGGCAUGACCGCACCGAUUAUUCACCCUAAUGCACUCAGUUGUGGUGAAUCAGAUCUCGAGGUUACAGGUAACCUGAUGAAAUUUGUGGUCACAGCAAAUGUUCUUGGAUUUCCAGCCAUUUCUAUCCCUGUUGGUUAUGAUAAGCAAGGACUCCCUAUAGGAUUGCAACUGAUAGGACAACCUUGGGCUGAAGCUACAAUUAUCCGUUUGGCUUCUGCCAUAGAGAAACGGUGGAGUGAACAUAAGAAGAAGCCUGUAAUAUAUUUUGAUGUUCUGAAGGGUAAGUGAGAAACAAGGGACGUUGAUCACUACUCAUGGUCAUGAUGAAUUACUGAAUGAUGGAUUCUUGACUUCCCAACAUCAUUCCAAAAUUAUAAACUUUUAGUUGAUACAUUUAGAGUUAGAAGAGUAGCUCGUUAGAUAGUUGACGCAAUAAGUGCUGGUAAAGGCCGGGACAAAUAGAAAGAGAGAUGAGACAUUACAUAUUCUGAUCGCUAUAUAUAGUUGCUUAGUUGAUGGGUGAUUAUGAUGAUAGAAUGUUUAUAUGAACACAAUGUUGUUCUCGUGCUAAAUGUGAUACUGAUGAUUUUCACUGGAAUAGUUACGUGUUACUAUAUUAUGAGGUAUAAUGAAAAAUUAGUGGUCACUCCUAAA